AUGUGUUAGAACUGUCAAAGUGAUUACAUGUUAUUGGACAGAGUAAACAAACCGUUGGUGCGAGUUUUGUGAUAAAAUUUUAGCCUUUUCUGCAGGGGAAUUAAUCUAGAUAAUGGAUUUCGAGUUAAGAAAUCUAAAAGAUUUCCUCGGAUUAUACAACAAAGUGACAGAGCUGUGUUUCACUUCCUGCGUCGAUAAUUUCUUCGGUCGGGAUCUUACACCGGACGAGAUUCGCUGUACGGAAAACUGUGUCGGCAAAUUUACUAAUGUAAACCAACGGUUGAUGCAGGUUUACGUUGGUGUCCAAGGUAAAAUCAACGAGCGAAGAAUGGUUGAGUUCGAAGCUCAGCAAGCAAAACUGAUGGAAUUGCAGCAACAGCAACAGGAGAGUCAACAAUCGAGGGAAGGUGUAACUUUGUCGACUGGAAAUUCGGAAACGAUAGAAGGCGCUACGGCGCAAGUAGUAGUAAACUAA